AUGGUUACCCUCGAAGAUGUGUCGGAGACCCUCCUCGAGAAGUGCGGCGACGUGCCCCGUCAACCACUCGAGCGAGCGGCCAACGCGUACAAGCCACUACCCAGCUUCGAUCUCGACAAGAAGCGAUCGUACAAGCAGCAAUAUGGCGACAUGUACUUCUUGCGCCUCGCCAAAAUCAAGCCCGCCGUCGACCAGGUGGCGGAGGCAUCGUGGGGGGGGACGGUGAUUGGGGGCGAGGAAGCCAAGAGGGUCGAGCGCGUCCUCGACGUGCGCCAGGGCGAACUCUGCUGGGUGACGGGCACCGUGUACAUGGACAUGGCUCUGAAACCCAACAUUCUGGAGGAUGUGUCCAAGGACCGAUGGAUCUCGGCUCCGAUCUCGACGCAAAAGUACUACUCCGAAGAUGGCACCGACCAGAUCAUGCUGGAGGAUGACUCUGGAAGGGUUCGCUUGGUAGGCGAGCUGCUCGGCACGGUCCCUCUCGUCACAGGCUGCAUCAUUGCCGUCAUGGGAACCGAAAACACCAACGGCGAGUUCGAGGUCAUCGACAUCAAAUUUCCCGACCUCGCCCCCCAGCCCGAACGGUGGGCUCUCACGAAACAACCGGUUCCCACCUCCGACGGCGAAGCAAAGGUCAAGAAGGAGGAGGCCAAGGAGGAGGAUGAGGAGAUGACGGGUACGGCCGAGAGAUCCGGCACCAAGGUUGCCGUCGUCUCCGGAUUGGCCUUUUCCGGGGCAGAUGCGUCCCACUCGCUGGAGCUGAACCUUCUCCUCGACUACCUGCUGGGAGAAGCGCUCGGGGGUUCCGCCCAAGCCGAAAUCUCCCAGAUAAGCCGACUCAUCAUCGCAGGCAACUCCAUCUCGACAGCCGCCGCCUCGGCCGUUGCGACGGAGACCAAUGCCGAUUCCGGCACGGCGGACAAAAAGGUGCACAAAAAGUACGGCUACGACGCGAGCGCGUACAAUGCCCUUCCGUCGCAGCAGUUUGAUGAAUUCGUCUCGCACCUCCUACCUUCCAUUCCCAUCACACUACUGCCCGGAGCCGAAGACCCGGCCAACGUCAGUUACCCUCAGCAGCCCAUUCACAUGGCCAUGUUCUCGUCCGCCAGAGCCUAUGGCCAGGAUCCAUCCAAGACUUCCGAGCCCGGCUGGUUCGACUUGGUGACGAAUCCGUUCGAGGCCGAGAUUGAAGGAUGGAGGGUGCUGGGCACCGGUGGCCAGAACCUCGACGACGUCUUCAAGUACAUCGACAGCGACGACAGGCUGGGCAUGAUGGAGGCCAUGUGUCGAUGGAGAUGCUGCGCCCCGACGGCGCCGGACACGCUGUGGAGCUAUCCUUUUCAGGAAGACGACCCGUUCGUGAUAAAGGCGUGCCCGCACGUCUUCUUCGCCGGCUGCCAGCCCGAGUUUGCGACAAAGGAAAUUCGAGGGCCCGACGGCCAGUCUGUUCGCCUCAUCACCGUGCCUUCAUUUUCAGAAACGAAAGAGAUUGUGCUGCUGGAUACGGAGACGCUCGAGGUGUCGAGUGUGAAAAUUGACGUGUCAAUAGGCUAG